AUGCUGCGAAGCACCGUCGUUCCUAUUCGUCGCAACCCUGUCGCCGUUUUAAACAGGACAAACCCGAGCAAAACCGGGUGGCGCGAACACAAUUUUGACAUGCGAGGAAAUGAUGUUAUGGUAUUCUUGCAUAUUCAGAAAACUGGAGGAACCAUUUUUGGUAAUCACCUCAUCAAAGACUUAGAUAUAGAAAGGCCAUGUGCUUGUACAAAGGAGUCACGCCGUUUGCCAAAGAAAGGAUGGUCGCGAGUAUGCCAUUGUUUUCGACCAGGUUCUACCCGCAUUUGGUUGUUUUCCCGAUUUCAUUUGGGCUGGCCGUGUGGACUCCACGCUGAUUGGACCGAGCACAAAGAGUGUGUUCCAAAUUAUAUGAACAAACGCGAAGGCCGCAAUAAGUUGAGGAAGUUUAUCUAUAUAACGAUCUUAAGGGAACCAGUUUCGAGAUUCGUAAGUGAAUUUUACUUCGUCUUGAGAAAGGGGGAUAUGUGGAGAGGGGCAACCCUUCGAUGUAAUGGGCGAUCCCCAACCAAAGAAGAACUUCCCCCGUGUUUCGAGAGGGAAAACCUGAGUGAUAUUACGUUCGAAGAAUUUAUAGGCUGCCCGUGGAAUCUUGCUUUCAAUCGUCAAACACGAAUGCUGGCCGAUUUACGACGGGUGAAUUGUUACAACACAACAGGAAUUUCAACAGAAAAACGAGGAAAAGUUAUGUUAGAAAGUGCCAUGCGUAAUUUGCGGGAAAUGGCAUUCUUUGGCUUAACAGAGUAUCAAGAGGAAAGUCAAUACUUGUUCGAGAAAACAUUUGGAUUAAAAUUCCAAGAUCCGUUUACGCAGUUCAACCUAAGCGAGACAACCGCCGGGACUAAGACACCCAAAUUCAACAGCUCUAUGUUAAGUCAGAUAAAAGCUUUGAACUCACUCGAUUUAAAACUUUACGAGUUCGCCAGAAACUUGUUUUUCAAACGUUCCAAACGUUUUAGAAAGACGGAUAGAAUCAGCAUGAAAAAGAGAUCAUCUUGA